CGUGGAUCGGGAUUGGAAGCCAACUUCGGACAGCGGCGUACUAUACCGAAGAAAUUCUAAUAUUUAGGUUAAAUGGUGUUUACAUAUCGGCUCCACUGUGAAAUGCUAGUGUUUAGAUUGACGUUGAGUGAAAUGUGAGGUCUGCACGCAAGUUGGUGGCAGUCGGAAAAUCAUGUUUUUUCCGAUAGGAUGGCCAAGGGUAUUGAACAUACCUGAAACCGAGAAAAUACGCGCUGUCGUUUGCAACAGGGAUAAAAUAUUGUUCGCAAUUCUAACGGAUGACGUGGUUGCCAUCUGGUAUUGUAAGCCAUGUGUGCCAAUUGUGUUUGUAAGGCGUCCACAAGAUUCUAUAAUAAAAUACGGGGAGAAUGUAUUAGUCCAAUGGCGUCCAGAUUCAAGUAUGCUGGUCAUCGGGACAUCGGACAGCUACCUUUUAUUUUAUCGGUUGACAGAGUACAGAGUCGAGGGAAGAGGACUUUAUGAGCAGAAAGACUCGCCUGUUAGUAGUUUAAGACGCGACAGUGCCGAAUUAUUCAUCAAGGAGGUGAUCCCACCAAUUGUUUUGACUCUGGAAAAGUCGGUAUGGGUUGAUGGUGGAAUCAGUUCAUUAGUCUGCAUCAGGGACGAAUUAAUGUUAGCAACACAGACGAGUCACGUAAUUCGCUACAAGUGGGAUGGAAGUGUGAAUCGUGAUUAUUCUCUCGAUUUGCGUAGAAUUCCAUUUAGUGUCGACCAACAAGUGUCCACGUUAGCUGUGCCCAUUACUGAAAAUAAUGUCUAUGUUUCGGAUAUUGAAUAUUCGCCUUUAGUCGGAGGUUUCGCCGUCACACUAAGCAAUGGAAAAGCGGCAUUUCUCACUGCUCAGUCGUUGAAAUUUGAUCCCAACCAAGUACAGGGCAUAUGGGCCAGAGAUUUGGAUGACGCGACUUGUGCUGCUGUUAAUCAUAAAUAUCGGCUUAUUGCUGUUGGUAGACAAAAUUCUCAAGGUGUGGUGUACUACGUCGAUGAAACUACUGGUGGCUUGGAGGUUUCCCACACUCUAAGCCUUUUGUCUAAAGAUUAUCCCGGCACACCAGGAUCUGUCAAGUGUUUAAAAUGGACUCCAGAUGGUUGUGCAAUUGCUUUAGCUUGGGAAGGAGGUGGAUUAGCAAUAUGGAGUACAUUCGGCGCGCUGUUACUUUGCACUUUGAAAUGGGAUUACGGAUUGAGAGUAGACUUAAUGAGAGACAAUCCACUACACAUCCAUGCAGUGGAAUGGUCGGCAGAAGGUUACCAAUUAUGGAUGCUUCAAGAGUCACCUGAGCCAACAUUGUCUGAGGAAACUGGUGACCAAAAUUUUAGUCGAAAACGGUUCCUUGUUCAGUUGGAUUUUGUAAAGAGUCCUUUAACCGUAAAUCCAUGCAUGAGUCACCAUGGGCAUUUAUAUCUGCAAGGUGAGGAUCGUUUGUAUUUAAAUUUAGGUGGCGGAGGGGUAUCGACGAAUAGCAGUGUACUGUAUCCCUCAAACGAAUCACCGUUAGAUAUUUCAAAUCAGGCACUUGCCGGGUGUAAACAGUGGCUAGUUGUUCCCAUACCAAGUGCGUACAGUGGCUCGAACUGGCCGAUUCGGUAUACUGCCAUAGAUGAAAAAGGGCUUAGUAUAGCAGUAGCCGGUCGUGCGGGCUUGGCACAUUAUUCUUUACCACCCAGAAAGUGGAAACUCUUUGGUAACGAAACACAGGAGCGUGAUUUCAUUGUCACUGGAGGCUUGUUAUGGUAUCGAGGUCAUCUAAUUGCCGGAAGUUACUCAUUGCUGGAGGAUAAAGAUGAGAUCAGAAUCUAUCCCAGAGACACGCGAUUAGAUAAUAGUUAUGCAAAAAACAUCAAAAUGCCUGCUCAGGUUUUAUUGCUGAACACAUUAAAAGAAAGAUUACUCACUUUUUGUGCCAAUGGACAAGUCAGUAUUUACGAUAUGGUGCUAGAAGGUGAUGAAGGUACGAGUGGUAUAGAGCUUACAAGAAUACAGACUGUAGAUAUUAGCGGUCUAUGUGUUCAUCCAGCGUGCGUUGUGAGCGCUACGUUAACUACGAUUCGUGCGGAAACAGCUGGUAGUCAUCCGCAUCCUGAAAGUCUAUUACUAAAUGUCUCUGGACGAUUACUGAUGGUUCAGCGCGAUCACUGCAAUGAUAAUUCUGAAGUGCUGUACGCUUGUAGUGCGCCAACAGUACUUGCAUCAUGUGUUGAAAAUGUUUGGGUUCCUUGGAGAUCACGACGAGAUAAACCUCAUUUGACCGAAGCAUUGUGGCUGUUCUGUGGAGCUCAUGGUAUGAGAGUUUGGCUUCCUCUAUUUCCAAGGAAUCACCAAGAGAAAGCACACACAUUUAUGAGUAAAAGAAUAAUGUUGCUUUUUCAUUUGAGAAUAUAUCCAAUGGCUAUACUUUUUGAAGAUGCAAUUUUACUUGGGGCUGAAAAUGAUACUGUUUUAUACACAUCGGAUACAAACUCACCGUUCUCUCUGCCUUUCAGUGUAUUGGAGUUAACGAGUCAAGUCUACUUACAUCAGAUACUACGUCAAUUAAUUUGUCGGAAUUUGGGGUACCAUGCAUGGGAGAUUGCGCGGUCAUGUUCAGCUCUACCAUAUUUUCCUCAUUCUUUAGAACUUCUAUUACACGAGGUUUUAGAAGAAGAAGCCACCAGCAAGGAACCAAUUCCUGAUGCUCAAUUACCCUCCAUUGUUGAAUUUAUACGUGAAUUUCCUGGUGUAUGGGCUCGUGCAGUUGUUCAAUGUGCCAGAAAAACGGAAAUAGCACUUUGGCCGUAUCUGUUCUCCGUGGCAGGACCACCUAAGAAAUUACUUCAAGACUGUCUCCAAAGACAACAGCUUGAUACUGCUGCUAGUUAUUUGAUAAUUCUACAAAAUUUGGAACCCUCCUCAGUGAGCAGGCAACAUGCAACUCUUUUACUUGAUGCUGCUUUAGAACAGGGAAGGUGGGAACUCUCCAAAGAUUUAGUACGAUUCCUCAGAGCGAUUGAUCCGAACGACGUGGAAUCGCCCCGUACAUCAUGGGGCGGGACAGGCAAGCUUGGCGGACCACCGCAAACUCCUUCUGUAUCUCCUCAUGAAGAAGAUCUGUCAUUUGUCUUGGGUACUAUGCAAGUAUCGAGGAGUAGAAGUUACAGCACUACUACAACUCCUAAAGUUCAGAUUGAAACAACGACUAAGGAUGUAGCCCCAUCUUCCGUUUUGGAGAAGACCAGAAAUGUAGUAAUGAGGCGAAAGAAGUCUGUUCCAACUGCCAAGUCUGAGAAAACUGAAAAUAAAGAGGGAUCAGCAGAAGAAUUUUUUAUUGACGUUAUUCUGCAGCGACAUGCAAGGCGAUUAUUAACUGCCAGACGACUUGCAGAUCUAGGAAGAUUUGCUGCACGACUUGAUUUUCAUCUAGUAACCUGGUUUGCACGCGAACGUGACCGAGCUGCCAAAAUUGAUGACUAUAUUAGUGCCCUGAAGACAGUUCAUGAAGAUUUUGGAUUCCCUUAUCCUGUGCUGUCGUUACCAAUGUUACAGAAAAUCAGGCGUGCUAGUAUCACUUCUUUGAGAUCGAUGAGAUCUAUUAGUAUAGAACAUCCCGAUGAAAAUGAAUUAAAACCGAACUUUGCUGUCGAUUUACCUGACAGUGGAUACACCAGUUUACCAGGAGGCAGGCCUCCAUAUACAAGUUUAAUAUCUCCUGUUGCUAGUUUGGAAUCACAGUUUCCAGCCGUCGAAGCGAAACUUGCACCGCACAUGUUGCAAGAUGAAAGCAGUGUUUUAAGCGAUUCCAGUACAGUUUGGAGGGAGGACGUUGAAUCAAUUGUAGGAAAUGGUAUUGGUCCAGUUUGCUGGGAGGCAGAGCCAGUCGAACCAACUGACAUACAUGUCUCUGCAUCCUGUGGUUCUACGAGUCGUGGAGAGGUACAGUUGAGAUACCUUCUGCAGCUCUUUUUGGAAGGCGGCUGUUUGGGCUGGGCUACUGUAUUGGCUACCGUUCUCAGAGAUUCACCAGCUAUGGCGAGAAUUGUUAGAGCUGCAAACGCUCCAUCGCAGACUUUAGAUUCAGUCAUAAAUUUACGUGACGGGCUGAUAGCACUAACAAGGUGGUCAAAUACUGAAUGCUUGGGAUACAAACCAUUCAUGCUUGGCAUUCAAGUACACCUGACUAUGUUGAAUCGCUUGAUAUCAACAAAGCAGCAACCGGAACAGGAGCAAAUUCCAGAAAGUCCAUCUCCAAGCCCUGCCCCUUCGUCAGGCAGUAAUCCCCGCGGAACAAUUUCACGAUCGAGACAUUCCUCAAUUAGUCAUACAUCAACAACUGCACCGCUAGAAGAGGAGACAUCCCACGAUUCCUCGUUAACUAUGGAAGCUGAUUUGCGUGGAAGCCUUAACAACGUUAAUGUAGUGGAAAGCAAUAAUAUUCAAUCAGGGUGCAUCAUCUCUUAGUGUGUGAAACAUAAUUUUCUAUAUGUAUAGUGUUACACGUGAAAUUAAUUGUUAAAACGAUUCGCCAUCCGAUUACAACCUGUUUGUUACCGUUUUAUUGUUAGAUUACAGGUUAGACAAUGGGAAUCAGUUGAGAAUGGAUAUGCUUGCCUGCGAUGUAUUCAGAAAUGUAGAUGAUUUACGUUAUACACAAACCCGUAGAUAAAAUAUGUCUGAUAGAAGAUAAAAAUUGACUGAUCAGUCACGAAAUGGUAACACUGUUGACUGUAUUUGAAACGUCCGUAAUGAUGUACGUGCAUCAGUAGUAUUCCCCCAUAAUCAAAAAUCGCACUUUUAUGUAUGUAUUGUGCACUUAAUGAUCGUUGAUAAUUACUCGUUAGUAGAAGCAUUUUUCGACUAGAUAACAUUUUUGUAAUUGGUGAGGGUUUGAAUAUUCUUUCCAAGCAGCACGAUAGCAAUAGCAAAUUACUCAAGUAUAUGAACUACUUGACAGCUCAAUGAUAUUUCAAUUUGAAAUUAUCAAGUUAUCACUUCUUUGCCAAAGCUCAACGGAAUCAGUCUGUGUUAGGCAACGAAAGCAAGUUAAAAUGUGCAAUUAAUCUUUACUGAUAUCUAGCGUGGAAUGAGAGAAGAAAUACGGAGAUAUGUUCAGUCGUAUUCUUCUAUCGUAUUGUUUGACUCUCUUACUUUUCAAUUGGUAAUUUAGAGUCGAAAUGUUAUUAUACUAAUAGGAUAAUACUCGUUAAUAUUAGACCCUCUUAACUUUGUGGAUUACGUGAUGAGAAACAGAUUUGCUAUUCAUGCGAAAUAAUGCUAUUUUUAUUGACAAUUUGUACGCUCCCAGUGAAAAUAGUCUUGCUUUGCGAGUGGUAAUUUCGAUCUGCUUGUCAAAGAUAGUAGCAGAUCUAUAAUGUAAGAUUUAUUCUGAUUUUUUAUCACUUAUGAUGUAUGAUAUUAUUAAUAACAAUUCAUUACUUUUAUCUCUACGAACGAAUCUUAUUAUGAGAGUAAGAAAGGUGGUACAACUUUUUCUUGUGGCAAAUCAAAACUGGCGUCACAAAAUUGCUAGUGGGCAAUCUGCUUGACAGAAUUGCUGGAGUUCAGUACUGGAAUAAUUUGAAAGUUCCGCACUUCAUUGAAGGACUGUAAAAAAACUGGAAAUAGAAUGUAUAAUAAAUUAUUCAAUCUGUAGUGAUGCAACGAUGCAGGAAUCAGUCUAAUAGCAAUCUUUCAAAUAUUCGAUAUUCGUACAUAAGUAUAGCCUGUUCAAAACGAUGACAGGCAGAAGUAGGAGGAUUAGCAAAUGAUAUUCACAUCUGUGGUUUUUACACAGUACAGGUGAAGGUAACGAUGUCAAUAACUGGAGUUCAAGUAUCUCGUGCAUAACGAAGUGAGAAGAGUCCAUUCAGAACGAGAAGGCUAAAAAUAAUUAGAAGUCAAUAAGUUACCUUUAUACAUAUAUAUUGUAAAAUAUUAUUUCGUAAAUAUAUAUUAUAUUUUCUCAUAA